AUGCCGCCGAUAGCUGUGCCUAAUGAGGCUCCGAAGAAAUCUCUUCGAAUUGCGAUUAUUGGACAAAGUACGUUUGCUGCGGAAGUUUUUAAAUUGCUGCUGAAAGAUGGACAUCAGGUUGUCGGUGUUUUCACUGUGCUGGACAAAGGAAACAGAGAGGAUCCAUUGGCCACCAUCGCUUCACAGAAUGGAACCCCAGUGUUCAAAUAUAAAUCUUGGAGAAUCAAAGGCAAAGUUAUACCUGAAGUCUUCGAGGAAUAUAAAUCGGUGCAAGCUGAGUUAAACGUGUUGCCAUUCUGCACCCAGUUCAUUCCAAUGGAAGUAAUCUUGUAUCCUCAGUACCAAAGCAUUUGUUACCAUCCCAGUAUUCUUCCUAGGCAUAGAGGCGCUUCGUCUAUUAAUUGGACUCUUAUGGAAGGCGAUUCAACCUGUGGUCUUUCUAUAUUCUGGGCUGAUGAUGGACUAGACACCGGACCAAUAUUGCUGCAGAAAAGUUUUCCUUGUACUAUCGAUGAUACAGUAGACACAAUCUAUAACAAAUACUUAUAUCCAGAAGGUAUCAAAGCUUUAGCGGAAUCCGUCAAUAUGGUAGCAAAUGGAACUGCACCUAGAAUAGAACAAACAGAAGAAGGUGCUACCUACGAUCCAGCCUUAUUCAAACCAGAAACCCAUCAGAUUGUUUGGUCUAAAAGUGGAGUAGAACUACAUAACUUUAUUAGAGGAUUAGAUUCUUCACCAGGCGCUACCACUUUUAUCAAACCGCAAACUAUAGAUGGUGUAGAAAGUGAUAGUGACACCAAUGUUGAAAUCAAAUUCUUCGGUUCGUCAUUGUGGGAGGGUGAAUAUGAAAUGGAGGGCGAUCAAAUACUUAUUCCUGGAUUAAAUAAGCCAGCUAUUAUACACGAGGGUGGUCUUUUAAUAACGGCUAACGACGGUGUCAAGAUAAAUAUUCAAAGACUUAAAGUUAACGGAAAAAUGAUCAACGCACAAAACUUCUUUAAAGCCAAUGAGAAUAAAAUAGCACUUGAGUUAACCGAAGAGGAAAAGCAAUUCGUUGAAAAUGCGAAAAAUAUAUGGAAGGCCAUACUUAGGAUCGAAAUUGAUGACAACACAGACUUUUUUGAAUCAGGCGCUGGUUCCAUGGAUGUUGUAAGAUUAGUGGAGGAAAUUAAAGACGUCAUAACAGUUGAAUUACAAAACGAAGAUAUUUACAUGAACACAACCUUUGAGGAUUUCUAUAAAAUGACGAUUUUGAAAUUCAGAGGUGGUUCAGCUAACCAAGAAAUAAUAUAUCAAGGUGUAGAAUUGGAUGUAAAUAAAAUGAAAGUAAAAUUCCCAACACAGUUGUUUAUUGAUGGUGAAUUUGUUGAUGCCGACAGUGGUAAAUGUCUAACGUUAGUUAAUCCAAGUGAUGAAACUGUUAUAUGCAAAGUACAAAGUGCAUCUGCAAGAGAUGUAGACAAAGCAGUUAAAGCGGCGCAAAAAGCAUUUGAAGAAGGCGAAUGGUCGAAAAUCAGCGCAAGAGAACGUGGACAGAUAUUAUUUAAAUUAGCAGACUUAAUGGAACAACACAAAGAGGAACUAGCCACAAUUGAAUCUAUCGACUCAGGUGCAGUCUAUACAUUAGCGCUGAAAACUCACGUAGGUAUGUCUAUCGAGACAUGGAGGUAUUUUGCGGGCUGGUGUGACAAGAUUCAAGGGGCUACAGUUCCCAUCAACCAUGCUAGACCAAAUAGAAAUUUGACUCUGACAAAAAAAGAACCAAUUGGUGUCUGUGGACUCAUUACACCUUGGAAUUAUCCGUUGAUGAUGCUUUCGUGGAAAAUGGCUGCUUGCCUUGCAGCCGGAAAUACAGUGGUCAUGAAACCAGCUGCUGUAUGCCCAUUGACAGCAUUGAAAUUUGCUGAACUAUGCGUCCGCGCAGGUGUACCUCGUGGAGUUGUAAAUAUUAUUCCCGGUAGUGGUACUGUAACAGGUCAAGCUUUAUCUGAACAUCCACUUGUGAGGAAACUCGGCUUUACUGGCAGUACUGAAGUCGGUCGCACAAUUAUGAAGUCGUGCGCAGAGUCCAACAUGAAGAAAGUUUCACUUGAAUUGGGAGGAAAAUCACCACUGGUCAUCUUCGAAGACUGCGAUAUGGAUAAGGCUGUGAGAAAUGGUAUGGCAUCUGUAUUUUUCAACAAAGGAGAAAACUGCAUAGCAGCUGGCCGUCUAUUUGUAGAAGAGUCAAUACACGAUGAAUUUCUAAGAAGGGUCGUUCAAGAAACCACGAAAAUUAAUAUUGGCGAUCCACUUAAUAGGGGAACGGCGCAUGGGCCGCAAAAUCACAAGGCGCACAUGGACAAACUAAUUGAGUUCUGUGAGCGAGGAGUAAAAGAAGGUGCUAAACUGGUAUAUGGUGGAAAGCGUAUCAACCGACCUGGCUAUUUCUUCGAGCCGACAGUCUUCACAAAUGUCACUGAUGAUAUGUGGAUCGCUAAGGAGGAAUCAUUCGGACCCAUAAUGAUUAUCAGCAAGUUCAGUAGCAAAAACAUGGACGAUGUUAUUCGUCGGGCAAACAACACUGAGUAUGGUCUAGCGAGUGGAGUGUUCACCAAAGAUGUAUCAAGGGCCUUGCAGUUUGCUGAGAAGAUUGACGCCGGCACAGUCUUCAUUAACACUUACAAUAAGACAGAUGUCGCUGCACCUUUUGGCGGCUUCAAACAGUCCGGCUUUGGAAAAGAUCUAGGUCAAGAAGCGUUAAAUGAAUAUCUCAAAACGAAGACGGUUACAAUAGAAUAUUAG